GAUGAGACAUGAAAAAGAAUAGCCUAUAAGAAUGGAAAGAAAAUAGGCUACAGCCUAUGCGUUUUCUUAACAUUUGUCUACACGUCGGCCUAUACACAGCUACAAUUUGACCAUAUCUUUAAACCCUUUACUCAAAACAUUCUUAAAUGUAAAACGAUAUUCAAGUAGUUUAUCUAUAAUUGACGUUCACGAUGUAGGCCUCACUGUCUAGUCGAACAGCAAAUAAUAAGCACCGCUGUUGGUAGGAGGCGGAGCGCAAUUUGAGUAAAACCACCCACGAGCGUCCAAAUGCUUUUAGUGCAAGCAUGGCAGGCGACAUUGAGACAAGGCUGGACAGCCACGCCGAAAACGAGAAUGUCAACUGGCAUCCUUUUCUGAUCGGGGUUGCCGGAGGGACUGCCAGCGGCAAGUCUUCAGUCUGCAGUAAGAUCAUGGAGCUGCUUGGUCAGAACAAGAUUGACCAUCACCAACGCCAGGUGGCCAUUCUCAGUCAAGACAGUUUCUACAAGGUAUUGAUGCCAGAGCAGAAAUCCAAGGCUCUCAAGGGCCAGUUCAACUUUGACCACCCAGAUGCGUUUGAUAACGAGCUUAUUGUCAGGACCCUAUGGGGCAUCAUAGAGGGCAAAACGGUGCAGAUCCCUGUGUAUGACUUUGUCACCCAUUCCAGGAAAGAGGAGACGGUGACGGUGUACCCUGCAGACGUGGUGCUGUUCGAGGGAAUCCUAAUGUUCUACUCCCAGGAGAUCCGGGAUCUCUUCCAUAUGAAGCUGUUUGUGGAUACGGAUGCAGACACGCGGCUCUCACGCAGAGUGCUCCGUGACAUCAGUGAACGAGGAAGGGACCUGGAGCAAGUCCUGGCGCAAUACAUAACUUUUGUCAAGCCUGCCUUUGAGGAGUUCUGCUUGCCAACAAAGAAGUAUGCUGAUGUUAUCAUUCCGAGAGGAGCUGAUAAUCUGGUUGCCAUAAAUCUUAUAGUUCAGCACAUCCAAGACAUUCUAAAUGGAGGUUUGACCAAGCGGCAGAAUGGUUGCCUCAAUGGGCACAGUACACCUAGAAAACGGCAGGCGUCUGAGUCCAGCAGUCGGCCACACUGACUUCAUUGCCUCUCUCGUAGUGCCAGGGACAACUGGAUGGAUGGAUGAAUGGAGGGAAGUGCUUUUCUGUACAUACUAACUUUCCACACCUUGUCCAGAAACAACUGAAUAUUUCUCCUUAUUCCAUAAGGCCUAUUCCUUGAUACUUUGCAUAUUUUUACUGAAGAAAGAAAUGCAGGGUGUUAGGAGUAGGAUUUAUUCCUUGUUUUGAAACUUUGAAACUAUGUCAAAGUUGUGAAUCUGAGUAGUUAGCUAUUUUCUUUGGAUGUCUGCUCACUAUUUUGUUUGUUGUCAGAAUAGAGGAACAGGGUGAAUUGUGAGUGUUGUUUUUUCUAAGAGUUCAACUUUAAGCAACUAUCAGUUUUAGUCAAAGGUGUGUGCUGUUUGUGGGAAAGUAACAAAUGUGAUCCUUUUAGUAUUUCCCAUCAACAGCAGCUGAGAAUAUAUACACUCGGAGUGAUUGCCGAUAAAUAAUGGCUUGUUAAUUUUGCAGAACCUCUUGUAUUCUGUAUUAUAAGCCUUGAAUGCAGGGUAGUGCUGUUGUGGCAUGUUCUUAUUUAUGCAUUUUCUCAGGCCUUAUUCAGGUUAACUGCCUUGCUGACAAAUCCUAGAAACAAUGCAACUUUGCGUUUUACACGGAUAUAAACUAAACUACUUGACUUUAUGAAUCAAAGCAGUUUGGUUUUGAUCCUAAUGUAUUAAUGGUGCCGAUGUUGCUCUUGAAGAGUUUGUACAAUCUCUCUAUGUGCUGCCACUACACAGUUUGUUCUAAAUGUUAUAAUUUGUCCAGCUACACCAACACUGAAAAACGUUCAUCCAUUUUGUUGAACAAUCCUUGUGCCGAGUGGUGUUUUUUCUAGGGACAACCCCACCAAAGAAUAAAUAAGUCCUAUCACAUUGAA